AUCAUCUGCCUGGACCUAGCAGAGGAGAUGGCUGUGCCCAAACUGGAAUCCUUCAACGGGUCCAAGACCAAUGCUCUGAACAUCUCCCAGAAGAUGAUUGAGAUGUUUGUCAGGACGAAGCACAAGAUCGACAAGUGCCACGAGUUCGCGCUGGUGGUGGUGAACAACGAUGCCACGUGGCUCUCAGGGUUCACCUCGGACCCCCGUGAGGUUUGCAGUUGCCUUUAUGACCUGGAGACUGUUGUCUGCAAGUCGUUCAAUCUGGAAGGACUCUUCAACCUGAU